AUGUCAAGUACAGAUUUUUUUCUCAUCAAAGAAGAGCAAAAGGAGAUUAAAUUUGAUAUUCUUUCAGAACCUAAGGUCGAAGAUUCAUGUUCUACACAAGAUAUUGUAACAAAACAAGAAGAUGAUGAUACUGAUCAUAAAGAGGAAGAAAUUGAGGUAACAUUUUCUUCAAGAGAAUAUGAAAAGCCAUGUUUAGCAGAGUCCGAGGUAGGAGAAUACGAUGAAGGGUUCAAAACUCCGACAUCUUUGGUUCACAAAAUCCCAGUGGUUACUCAGUGCCCGGCAGCACCAAGAAAAACCAGACCAUCAAAAAAGAGAAAGUCAUCGCCAGCAAGAAUUCGUAGGAGCCUCCAGCUCGAUGUGUCGGCCGAGAUCGAAUCACUGUUCCCUUCAAGGCCUCGAGAUUGUAAUGAACACAAAAUCAAGAAAGCUCGAAGAGAUGGUGCAGAAUAA